GUGUACGCGCUCUGAUUACACGUGCACGCGCCUGAGAGUACUAAAUAUGUGUAUGUGGAGCAGGGGGACGCACAAUCUUGUACACAGUGUGUUGAGAAGUGUAGGUGUGAAGGCAGUUGCUGCCUGUGCCUAAUCAGUAGCAGUUAAUGUCAUUAAUUAGCUGAAAUGCCUAAUAACAAGGUGUUUAUUUGAAGCCCUGACUGAGAACCAGUCACUGGUUAUAGCAAGUAGGGAUCACUGCCCUUUGUUACUGGUGUUACUGGAAACUGUGAAACUGGGGGGGGGUGUGGACGUCAUGUUUUGGUUUGUUCUCAUUUGGCAAGAAAGGGCGGGAUUUAAAGGCUGCGUGUAUUGGUGCUCACGUGAUCCUCCACAGCCAAUGGCAGUCGCCUCUAGGUUUGACUAUGUUUAAUGUCAGAUGGCAAUAAACUAGAAGCUCCUGGUCAGGCCCGCGGAAAUGGGAGAACAUAAUCUUCUUAAUCCCGGGUUUGUGGGACCUCUGGUGAAUAUCCACACCGGGGACACCUUCUACUUCCCCAAUUUCAGGACCCCUGGCGGACAGUUACCUGGUUUACCCUCUCUUUCUUAUCCAAGAAGAGAAAAUGUCUGCUCUCUGCCCUGGGCAUCUACAGAGCCCUGCAACGGAUACCCCCAGUCUUAUCUCAGCAGCCCGGUCUCCAUUAACCCUUCUUUCAGCCGGGCUUGUGAUCUUACCAGAGUGGAAGAGACCAAAUGCUAUUACCGGGAGGGGUGCAACAACCCUGACAUCCCCAGCCUGAAAAGAGAGGAAAGGCUUAGGGAGAAUGUCCUGAUGCCUCUGGAUAGCGCGAUCCAUAACGGCAUGAGCAGCACUUUCCAUAAAUACGACUACACGGCUGUGGACUCUGUUCCCCACGACCCCCCCUCCUGUCAGUCUUUAGAAUCCGACUCCAGCUCGUCCUUACUCACUGAAGCCACCAAGAACCCGGCGACUGAAGCAGCAGCAAUGGCUUCUCCCACUAAUCAAGGCAGCAGCCUCCCUGCCAGUGGGGCUCCUUGGUACCCCAUUCACACGAGGUCCCGAAAGAAAAGAAAACCUUAUUCCAAGAUACAACUGGCUGAGCUGGAAGGGGAAUUUAUGAUGAAUGAAUUUAUCACCCGACAACGGAGGAGAGAACUGUCUGACCGGUUGAGCCUCACUGACCAACAGGUGAAGAUUUGGUUCCAAAAUCGUCGAAUGAAGAAGAAAAGACUUGUAAUGAGAGAGCAAGCAUUGUCAUUCUUUUAAACCCUGCGGGGAUAACAAGCCACCAAUGUCUCAAUGAGAACUGGUUUCUAUAUGUAUCACCAGCUCCUACACCCCAUGAUCCAUUUCAGUACUGGAGGCAAAAUAAACUGGCAAGAGAAAAGGAGAGAGAGAGGCAAAAUCACAAUGGACAUUUUGUGAUGUUUGGGGACAGAAUUGCAAAAACAUUCCUUUCUAAACAGCUGUGCCUCUCUACAAGUCUCGGGGUUGUUUGUUCAUAGACUUUGCAUGCUCUUACGUCAUCUCUGGCUUUAUACUUAUUUCAGAUCCAAUUGCCAAAUGAACGGGUCAAUGUUGUCCUCAAAAUAAGGUGGCAGCGCAUUUCACCCUGAAUGAACCCUCAGCUUUGUUGUGAGUGGGUGGGCAAUUGUUCCUUCAGGCAUAUCAUGCAAUAUUUUCCUUUCCACAAUAGGCUUUUACUCUCACAAUACUCAACAUGGAAUAUCUUGUCUCAUUUAUCUGUCUACGUUGGCAAGAUCCUUGGCAGAAACCUAGACAAAACCUGACACGCAAUUUAGCAGUAGUUCAGUAUUGAAGCCCCUUAGUAGCAAUAGUAUAAUAUUUUCAAUAAGUCUCUUGGAGACUAAUUCCUUCAUUGUUUUUGGCAUCAAGGAUGGUUAUUUACUUGCCUACUUGUCCUUGGUGUGGAAAAUCUGGAAACCUGGAUAUGAUGCUUGUGACUUGAGAAUUUUUACUUUGUAUUUGUGUGUAUAUAUAUAUACAUAGAAAAAUGCUGAAGCACACCAGGAUUUCUCAAACAAAAAACGUAUUGAUUGGAUCCAAUAAAUGAGUUGUUUUUUUUUCCAUUAAAUUCAUUUUCUUUUCUUUUUUUUUUUUAUUCUUUUAUAAAUAGAUAGUUACAUCAAUGACAUAAAUGUACAAUAACAACAGAAAGUACAUGCAAUAAAUGAGUUUUUUGAUUGAGGAA